AUGGAUGACUUGUAUGUACUUAAUCCCACAUUUGCAAGUCUUGUCUACUCCUCCUCCCUCUGGGUCAAUGCAUAUUCUGUCAUUCUCAGCGAGACACUGCUAUUUCUCUCAAUCUCCAAAUACAUUUCUGUAGCGUUAGUCCGAGUUUUCCAACUGAAGCGGCAAACGGCAAUGGGCACCCAGAUUCCACCAUCCACCUCCGGGGAACCUAUUCGAUGCAAAGCCGCUGUUUGUCGCGAGGCGGGAGCGCCGCUGGUGAUGGAGGAGGUAAUGGUGGCUCCGCCGCGAGCGCACGAAGCUCGGAUUCGAAUCGUCUGCACGUCGCUUUGCCAGAGCGACAUCAAUUUGUGGAAGAGGAAGGAUUUCCCUGGGAUUACGCCCAGGAUUCUCGGCCACGAAGCGAUCGGGAUCGUGGAGAGCGUCGGAGCUGAAGUAACCGAGUUCAGCGAAGGCGACACAGUAAUCCCCGUCUUCCUUUCCGACUGCGGGGAAUGCUCGGGUUGCCGAUCGAAGAAGAGCAAUCUCUGCUCCAAGUUCCCGUUCAAGGUCUCUCCAUGGAUGCCGAGAGACGAUACCAGCCGAUUCACGGACCUCGACGGGAACACCAUCUACCAUUUCCUCUCCGUCUCCAGCUUCAGCGAGUACACGGUUGUGGACGUCGCUCAUCUCACCAAGAUCGAUCCCGACGGCAUCCAGAUGAGCAGUGCGUGCCUGCUCAGUUGCGGCGUCUCCACUGGUGUGGGUGCUGCAUGGAGAACUGCUGAUGUCGAAGAAGGAUCGACGGUGGCGAUCUUUGGGCUUGGUUCAGUUGGAUUAGCGGUUGCUGAGGGUGCAAGGAUACGUGGUGCUGCUAGAAUCAUAGGCGUAGAUAUGAAGCCUGAGAAGUUUGAAAUUGGGAAAAAGUUUGGAAUCACAGAGUUUGUCAAUCCUGCAGAUUGUGGAGACAAACCCUUGAGCCAGGUGAUUAAUGAGAUGACAGAAGGAGGAGCAGACUAUUGCUUUGAAUGUGUUGGUCUGCCAUCCUUAAUGGAGGAAGCAUAUGCUUGUUGCCAAAAGGGAUGGGGGAAAACAGUUGUCCUGGGAGUUGCGAGACCAAUGUCCGAGAUGAAGCUCCAAUGCUUCGAUGUCCUUCGCUCUGGGAAAAUACUUACGGGGUCACUUUUUGGAGGUCUUAAACCCAAGUCUGAUAUUCCAAUGCUCUUAAAACAUUCUAUAGAUAAGGAUCUUCAGCUAGAUAAAUUUGUGACACAUGAAUUGGAUUUCAAAGAGAUCAACACAGCCUUCGAUCUGCUCAUCGAAGGCAAGUCUCUCCGUUGUGUCAUGUGGAUGGACAGGUAAGGCUUGAUUUUCACCAGUUCCUUUCUGCAACAAACUAUUUGUCUCAGUAAGUGAAUUUUUCAUACUUCCUACUUUUCAAACGUUUGUAAUAUGAUUGGUGAUGUUCAAAACAUAAAACGAAGCAACAUAAUAAAGCGUUUCCUAACCCCAAUAAGCAUGUUUACAUGAGCUAAUUAGGGCUCUUCAUGUUAACUUAAUUGUCUAGUUCCAGAUUGCUUGUAGAGAGAGUCUUGAUUUUAUCAUAUGCUCGAACUCGAUACCCUUUCUUUACAUAUAAAAUACAUGGAUUCUUGGGUGCUUCUUUACCUACUACACGGUCCACAUUUUCUUUCACGCCAUGUUUAAGCUACUGCAAAUCCAUUAGAAGCACCAGUAAAGUAGCCAACAGCAGAGACUACAGUCUCCUUUGCUGAACCAAAGUGCCUUAGCCUGUAGACACCAGGACUCGCUUCAUUAGGAAUAUCCCACUCUAUAGUUGCCAAGCUAGAACCAGUCUUAUUAUCAACUCCCCACUUGAAAAGCAAGCAGAAAUCAUCAUCAUCAAAUGCUGGAACCCACUUCCCUCCCCCUUGAAGCAUCUCCACCACAGCAAAUGUUCCUUCUGUUAGUAGAUCGUACCUAGGGUUGGCGCUCCAGAAGAUGGCCCUGACUCGAUCUCCCUUCUUGAAAUGACCAUCUUUUGAUUGAGCUACGUCCUGUUUCAUGUCGCCAAAUUUAAUACCAUCUGGUGGUGACUCCCCUAGUGGCUCAAUCAACAAACCCAGCUGUUCGGACGAAAGAUCAGGUGGGGAUAACGUGGAUGCGUUACUAUUCCUCUCGCCUCUAGCCAUUUGUUUUGCAAGUUUGUUGAAUUCCUGGAUAUAUGCAGAUAGUGUAUGAGGCCCGUAGAGCGUUGAUGCUGCCUCGUAUCUCUGACGUUGAUACUCCUCGAAAGUGGAAAUGUACUGGGAGUAAGUGUUGGUCAAGCCAGCAAUCACAACAUGGGUGUUGUCAUCAAAUUCUCCUCCCCCAUUGGCUAUUAGUGUCGCCUUUACCGCCUCUCUUAGUCGCCGACCAGCCAUUGUUGUGAACUCUGCAGUAGCAAAUGAGAGCAAUGUCGGCUUACCGCCCAUGGAUAAGGAUCAAACAUUUCUCCCGUGGAGAGCAAAACCGGUUUGGGUUUUUGGCAAUCUUCCUGAUAUUGGCUUGGCUUUUUUAUGGAGUCUCUCACCAUCUUCAGAAAUGGAUUGAUCUCUGUAUCUCCUUGUUGAAACCCAAACGCUCCAGGUCCAUCCGUCGUCCCUGCUGCAAAACCUGGUCCAACAGCAGCCGGGCACGUCCUCACCGUGCCUUUGCCUUCUACCUGAACUUCAAGAUUCGUGAAGUUCAGGUAGACAUGACGAUAAUCGAUCUUACCUCGUAAUUCAUCUUUCGCCG